ACAAGAUGAAAGGAGACAACCAUGAAUGAGCCGCUAGACAAUUUUACCAACACUUCUGAUUUCCCCGGUUAUGCAGCUGCUUUUAGAAACUGCACUGAUGAGAAAAUCCCACUCAAGAAGCACUACCUCCCUGUUAUUUACAGCAUCAUCUUCCUGGUGGGCUUUCCGGGGAACGCAGUGGCAAUUUCCACUUACGUUUGCAAAAUGCGGCCCUGGAAAAGCUGCACCGUCAUCAUGCUGAACCUGGCCUGCACGGACCUGCUCUACCUCACCAGCCUCCCUUUCCUGAUCCACUACUACGCCAGCGGCGAAAACUGGAUCUUUGGGGACUUCAUGUGCAAGUUCAUCCGCUUCGGUUUCCAUUUCAACCUGUACAGCAGCAUCCUCUUCCUCACCUGCUUCAGCGUCUUCCGUUACUUUGUGAUCAGCCACCCGAUGAGCUGCUUUUGCAUUCACAAAACUCGGUGGGCCGUGGCGGCCUGUGCUGGGGUGUGGAUCAUUUCCCUGGUGGCUGUCAUUCCCAUGACUUUCCUGAUCACAUCAACCACCAGGACCAACAGCUCUGCCUGCCUUGACCUCACCAGUUCAGAUGACCUCACUACCAUCAAGUGGUACAAUCUGAUUUUGACUGCCACAACCUUCUGCCUUCCCCUGGUGAUAGUGACACUCUGCUAUGCAAUGAUUAUCUACACCCUCAGCCAAGGGCCAAGGACUCACAGCGGCCUGAAGCAGAAAGCUCGGAGGCUAACCAUCCUGCUACUUCUUGUGUUUUAUAUAUGUUUUUUACCCUUCCAUGUCUUGAGGGUCAUUCGGAUCGAAUCUCGCCUGCUUUCCAUCAGCUGCUCCGUUGAGAAUCAGAUCCAUGAAGCUUACAUCUUUUCUAGACCCUUAGCCGCCCUGAACACCUUUGGUAACCUGUUACUGUACGUGGUGGUCAGCGACAACUUUCAGCAGGCCAUCGGCUCCAUGGUGAGAUGCAAAGCGAGUGGGGACUUGGAGCAAGCAAAAAAGAUCAGUUACUCAAACAACCCUUGACAAACUUCACUUACUCAACCAAAGAGAAAAGCCUACUGGUACUUCCCCUGUACUUUCUAACUAGGCCAGAAUAUCUCCUUCAGGGGAACUCAGUAAACAUUGUGCAUUCAUGUGUCAAGGCCAGGGCAGAACUGCUGGAGUCCUUUGCAACCAUUUGUUGAGUUCCUUCCUUAGGUAGACCUAAGAGUGGGCUACAUGCAUAUCAGUAAAGGGUUAAAAUGUACAACUGGAACUAUUAAAAUUCAGGGCCUGGUCAGAGGGAGAACACUUGCCCUCGGUCCCAGUAAGUUAGCACCUAUAGGAGAAAGACAACUUUCACUCAUGGUUUUAUACUCCUUCAUACUGGGGCCUAUUUGUACUGAACCCCAAGUCUAUUCAAGGGGCUAUUUGUAUCUUUUUCAAUAU